UGCCCCAUUCCGCAGCCACCGGAGUCGCUUCGAAGUCAGUUCGCAGCGGCACGGUGACCACGCCGCUCGUGCAUUCGCGACGGUUUCUCGUCGUUUCCUUCGUCCUCUCAACCCUUAUCGUAUGCCCACGCGCGAGCAAACCUCAGCGAACCCCGACAGAGGGUGCCGAUCGAGAACGCGAUACGAUUCGUCGGGCUAAGGGAAAGGGAGCGUUCGGAAUCGGAAGUUCUGAGGAAAACGUCCAAGCAAGGGCGACUCGCGUCGAGGAUCACCUGGAACUGGUCCGCGCAGGACAGUCGGUCACCUUGGAUGCUGGAAGUGUCGUGCGACGGUCUCAGAGCGAGGUGAACCAGCGAAUUUCGCCACGGAUCAUGGAUGUCCAGUUGGCCACGGUGAGGGACAGAACCGCGAAAUGUAACUAACUUUCGAGGGGGACGAGAUCUUGCCUGGGUAUCUGCUCGUGCGAAGCUGUGAACAGGAGUUUGCCAUUGUUUGAGAACGUGACGCAGAAAUGGAGGCUUCCACCGGCGUGUCGUCGCCGCCGAAGACUUCCUUGGAGCUGAAAACGCGACGAGCGCAGUUCAAGACGCAAGCCUCGACGUUGGACACAAGAAGAAGGCACGCGGUAUGCGUGAGGAGGGCCUUCAAAAAGUAUGGACCCAAGAACAACCCUAACGUCAUCCUCGAUGGAUUGAAUAUGACUGUGCCAAAAGGCACGAUAUAUGGAAUGCUGGGCGCGAGUGGUUGUGGAAAGACCACACUGCUCUCCUGCAUCGUGGGCCGCAGACGACUGAACUCCGGGGAGAUCUGGGUAUUAGGUGGUAGGCCAGGGUCCAAAGGAUCAGGAGUCCCUGGUCCACGAGUGGGUUACAUGCCACAAGAAAUCGCGUUGUACAAUGAGUUCUCCAUCAGAGAGACCUUCAUCUACUUUGGUUGGAAUGCUGGCAUGACAACAGAGCAAAUAGACAACAAGCUAGAAUUUCUCUUAAAGUUCUUGCAGCUGCCAUCAGAGCAUCGAUUCAUAAAGAACUUGUCAGGAGGCCAGCAGAGGAGGGUGUCUUUCGCAGUGGCUCUCCUCGCCGACCCAGAACUGCUGAUCCUGGACGAACCCACCGUGGGCGUGGAUCCUGUCCUCCGUCAGAAUAUCUGGACUCACCUGGUGGAGAUAACAAAGGAAGGGAACAAGACGGUGAUAAUCACCACUCACUACAUCGAGGAAACGAGGCAGGCUGGUAUCAUUGGGUUGAUGAGGAGUGGCAAGCUGUUGGCCGAGGAAUCGCCAACGAAACUGAUGGAGAUCCACAACCUGGACAGUCUGGAGGAUGUGUUCUUGAAACUCAGCAAACGACAGAACAUGGGUCUUCGAAGAAGAAGCAGCAUACUCAGCAGCGUCACUGGAGUUCCUCCUGAAGACCCCCCUGAAGACGAGAUGAGCGGGGAAUUCGGUGACAAUGUCAGUGUUUCUAGUCGGACGCGUCGCGUUGCUGUUGACGACGAAAAUGUCCCAGAGUUACCCCCUGAAGAGAAGGGAUCCAAUAACUUCCAGAUGAUAAACCCCCAACAUAUGAAGGCUCUCAUAUGGAAGAACUUCCUGUGGAUGUGGAGAAACGUGGGAAUGAUGUUGUUCAUCUUCGGUCUUCCAGUCGUCCAGAUUGUCUUAUUCUGCCUGUCCGUGGGCAAGGACCCAGUAGGCUUGAAUAUAGCGAUAGUCAACAAAGAAUUGAACAACACCAAUGACCCCUGCGUACCAACGGUUGGCUGUGACUGGUCGCUAUUGAGCUGUCGGUAUCUUCAACAUCUGAAGAAGAGAUCGGUGGAGUUCGUGCCAUACGACACGGACGAUGACGCGAAAAAUGCUGUCGAACGAGGCUGGGCCUGGGCUGCCAUAACUUUCCCUGCAAAUUACAGUGAAUGCCUUACAGAGAGAUUAGAAGAUGGUAAAGAUGCCGACGAUUGGAGCAUCGCGUUUUCUAGGAUGAUGAUCAUCAUGGAUAUGUCCAAUCAACAAAUCGGUCAGCUUCUUCAAAGAUACAUUUACAAGUCAUACGAAGACUUCGCUCGCGACGUGACGGUAGCUUGCAAUUACAGCGGGAAGUAUGCAAGUAUUCCAAUAAAUUUCGAAGAACCGAUUUAUGGUCCUGAGGAGCCUAACUUCACGGACUUCGUAGCUCCAGGGGUGAUUUUAACAAUUAUCUUCUUCUUGUCGGUCGCUCUAACUUCCGGUGCCAUGUUAUUGGAGAGGAACGAAGGCCUUCUGGAAAGAAGUUUAGUUUCUGGUAUCACUGGAACAGAAAUCUUGAUGGGCCAAGUGAUAACGCAAUUCGUGGUUAUGCUUGGACAGUCAAUCAUGGUUCUAGUGUUCGCUUUUGCGGUCUUCGAUAUCACUUGCGAGGGUGACGUCGUCUGGAUCUGCGUUUUGACUCUCCUUACUGGAUUUUGUGGAAUGUCUUUCGGAUUCACGGUUGCUGGUGUCACCGAGAAUGAAAGGAGUGCCACAUACAUGGUGAUGGGAUCUUUCCUGCCCAUUAUAAUGUUAUGUGGAAUAAUUUGGCCCACUGAGGGAAUGCAUAUUAUAUUGAAGUACAUAAGCUAUGUCCUACCUCUAACAAAGAGUACAGAGUCUAUGAGGGCUAUGCUGGCCAGAGGUUGGUCAAUAUCCAAUCCUACUGUUUACAAUGGUUUCAUUUCGACAUUCAUUUGGAUAUUUAUCUUCAUGACACUUUCGAUACUGUUAAUUAAAUUCAAGAAAGGUUAAAAAACUCUGCUAAUUAUGUAUAUUGAUAUAUUUCAAAUAUGCUAAACUGUGCGAAAAGUAUUGCGCGAGUGGACUUAACCUGUAUCUAGGACUUGUUACAUCCGUUGUUCCUCUUAUGUUAAGGAUAACAUGAACAAUGAGUUCUCGUAAAGUGUGUUCGAAGAAUGCAUCCCUUUUAUGUGUAAUAUAUUCUUUGCUCAACAGGGUUUUAUUAUAUUUAUUGUAUGUACUUCCGCAUUAUUGCGGUAUAAUGACGGUACCAUUUGUACAGUACAAUGAUAAGUAGAUUCUCAACUAUCAAGCACGAUUUUACGAUUGUGUAGUUUUCAUGUUUUUAUCUUGUUUAAUAUAUUGAUAUAAAAAAAAAAAAAAAACACCAAUGAUUCCUUUCAUAGUAAUUACAUUUUAUUUAUCAUAGCGUUAUAUCAAAUAAGUAUAACAAAUAGUUGUGUCCUUUUUAUAUAAAUUUAUUUUAAAAUAGGUAAAUGUACAUAGAAUUUUAUCAAAAGAUACCUCAAUAAAUAUCAUUAAAUAGAA